AUGGGGCCGGGGAAAACGGUCGUCGUGCGCGAUCCCGCGCUAGCGGCGCACGUGCAAAGGCAGAGUCCCGAUAGGAGUUUCUACGGCGCGAUACUCGAGGUUACGAAGAGGUUGGUUGGGUUUGAUGAUAGGGCUAUGGAGGUGGUGAUGGCGGCCGCCCUCUCCCCCGGAAAACACCUCGACUUGCUCAUCGCCCAGCAAGCCUCGACGCUCGCGACGCAGCUCCGCGAAGCGCACAUCAGCGACACGCCCAUAUCGCUCAUGGCGUUUAUACAGCAGCACUUCACAUUCGCCUCGGCGCUCACGCUGUACGGCCCGCACAACCCAUUCGCAAGGAAUCCCUCGCUACUGCGGGAUUUCUGGACGUACGAAGCGGGGAUGAUGAAGAUAUUGCUGUCCCCUUGGCCGUGGAUGACGGCGCGGCGGGCGUGGAAGGCGCGCGAGCGCGUGAAUGCCGGUUUUACAGAGUACGUUGAGCGGAGGGGGUAUGAGCAAGGGGCGAGCGCGAUGAUCCGGCAGCGCGUGGGGAUGAAUUUGAGAUAUGGGCUGGGGGAGGACGUGGCGGCGAGGAGCGAGUUGAUUAUGCUGUUUGCGGUGCUGGGGAAUGCGGUCCCCGGAACGUUUUGGACCGUGGUGAAUUUGUACGGCCGACCGGAGUUGUUGCGGAGGGUGAGGGAGGAGGUGGAGAUGAAUGCGGUGGUUGAGGAGGAGGAGGAGGACGGUGGGGAGGGAGAAGGAGGGAAGAAGAGAAGACUUAUUGACGUUGCACGGCUCAAAUCGCAUUGCCCGCUCCUCGUUUCUGCGACAAGAGAAUCGCUCCGGAGGAUCAGCAAUAUGUCGUCUGUCCGGCUCGUGACGCGGAGCCAUACCAUCAGCGCGCCGGGGUCGAAUCAGCCUUCCUAUCUUCUGCAAAAGGGCACGGUGGUCCAGAUAGCGAGCGGCGUCAUGCAUCACGAUGAGCAGAUUUGGGGCAAGGAUGCCGAGGAUUUCGUGGCGGAGAGAUUCAUCAAUGCACCAUCGGCUACCCUAGGACAGCCGAAGAAGGGCGAGAGCGAGGACAAGACGACGGCGACGGCGUCGAUAACGUCACUACCACCCUCCGUUGCGCCCUCCGCAUACCGCGUGUUUGGCGGCGGCAGUUCGCUAUGUCCCGGGCGGCACUUUGCGAUGAGCGAGAUCGUGGCGUUUGUAGCGUUGUGCGUGUGCAUGUUUGACAUGGAGGGGGAGGAGGGAGGGGUGGUGGAGGUGCCGGAGAGGGAUGAUAGGAGGGUGCCUUUGAGCGUUAUGAAGCCUGUGAGAGACGUGAGGGUGAGGAUGAGGCGGAGAGGGGGUGGGAGGGAGGAGUGGGGGGUUGUGGUGGAGUUCGUGUCUGGGGGAUGA